GCGUAAAAUGAAAUGUAAAGAAAAAUGGCAUUGUAGACAUCCUUCAGGCUGACUACCUUGUUAGCUGCAUUAUAAGAACGCCUGCAAAGAGUCAGGUGUAUUCAAAGAUGUUUGCCGUCUGUAGCGCUAGUUUCAUUACAUAUUCUUUGAGUGAUACAGAAUUGCUUGGUUGUUAGCCUGCAUGUAAGACUGAGAUUGCAAGCUACUGUGCCGGUGAGCUAAUUAAGGGGAAGUAGCUAAAGAGCGACCACUACGCCGUAGUAUAAAAAGCAACCAUUCAUUAAUCUAGCUUGCUAAUGUAUCUAUUGUGUACGAUCGCAGUUUCUUUAAUUACAUUUUUGUUUUUAAAAUGGAUGAAGAGAAGGAGGCUGUGCAUGGAUUUGAAAAGACUAGAUGGAAAAACAGUUCUUAUUACAGGAGGGAAUUCCGGCAUCGGCAAAGAAACCGCGAUUGCCCUGGCAAUUCGAGGGGCACGUGUCAUCAUCGCCUGCCGGGACGAGGAGGAGGCCGAGAAGGCGGUCCGAGAAAUCAAGACUAUAAGCCAUAAUAUAAACGUGCUCCACGUGCACCUUGAUCUGGCCAACAUGAGAUCCAUCCGAGACUUCUGCAAGACGUUCUUGCAGAGAGAGAAGAGGCUCGAUAUCCUGAUCAAUAAUGCAGCAAUGCCCAGUGUUCUCGACUGGACGGACGACAGUUUCAGCAUGUGCUUCGGCGUCAAUCACCUGGGCCACUUCCUGUUGACCAACCUCCUCCUGGGCCGCCUGAAGGAGAGCGCCCCCAGCAGGGUCGUCACCCUCACCUGCUCGGCCUACAAGUACCAGAAGCUCGACUUCCAGGACCUCAACUAUAACCUCUUCCCCUUCUUCACCUACUGCCGCAGCAAACUGGCCAACAUCUACUUCACCCAGGAACUCGCCAGAAUGACGGAGGGAAAGGGAGUCACGGCCUAUUCCGUGCACCCAGGGUACGUGCAGAGCAGCUGGACCUGCCAUUACUCCAUCCUGUUCCGCGCGGUGAUGCGGGUGAUCAUGUUCAUGUUCUUCGUGUCCUGCGAGGCCGGCGCCCAGACGGUCGUCCACUGCGCCGUCUCGGACGACGUGGUGCCGCACAGCGGCGGCUACUUCACCGACUGCCGGCCGGCCGCCCUCCGACCCUUCGCCAAGGACUCCGGAGUGGCCAGGAAGCUGUGGGAGGCCAGCGAGAGGAUGGUGAAGCUCCCUUGAAGGGCUGCUUCCGCAAGAAAGAGUUUAUUUUUUCCUUCUUUAUUUAUUUUUUAACACCAAAAGAUCCCCUGCCCCCCAUUUACAGUGUUUAUUUUUUAUUCGGAGGACAUUUUGUGCGUUGGUCUGUCCGAAUGAUUGUGGUCUGAUGCUUGUUUAUAUGGAUAAGUUUGUACUCUGCUCCACUUGACAAAAUGUUUGAACUGAGAUGAGGUCUAGUUUGGUUUGGCAAUUUUGUUUUGCUGCCUUUCUUUUUUGUGAAAUGUAUUAUUUUAAAAUAAAUACGUUGGAAAGCCUAAAUGAGCUAAAUGAGAUAUUACUGAAAGUUUUAUACAAAUGAACUCUAAGCCUUGUGCAAGACGUCUGUGCUCGCAAGAUGUCUAAUGCACAGCAGCUCGGUGGUAGCAAUUCCUCGAAGCAACUGAAUAAUAAAACCCAUCCAUUUUACACAUCAACAA